AUAAAACCAAAUAGAAGAAGAAGAAGAAGAAGGACAAGAAGAGAAACAGGCCGCAGAAAUGGAGGACUUCGCUUCAAAGCAGGUGACUGAAAACCUCGAUGAACCGCCCAACAGCCGACUGUUCAUCGUCACAUGUCGGUCCAUGUCAGAGGAUGUGAUAAAGGACACAUUCGCCGUGUUCGGGGACAUCCAGGCGGUUUGGGUGGUGAAGGACAAGCAGACCAAGGAGUCGAAAGGCGUCUCCUAUGUGAAGUUCGCCAAGUCCUCCCAGGCCUGCCUGGCCAUGGAGGAAAUGCACGGAAAAGUCGUGAUCGAGGGAACUAAACCCAUAAAGGUGUUUAUUGCCCAGUCCAGGUCAUCUGGAAGACACCGGGACGUUGAGGAUGAGGAGCUGACCAGGAUCUUCGUCAUGAUCCCUAAAACCUUCACGGAAGAUGACCUGAAGGAAACGUUUAAAGAGUACGGCGAUAUUGAGUAUUGUGUCAUCAUAAAGAAUAAGUUCACUGGAGAAAGUAAAGGUCUGGGCUAUGUCAGAUACUACAAGCCAUCCCAGGCGGCCAUGGCCAUAGAAAAUUGUGACCGAGGUUACAGGGCCAUCCUGGCUGAACCCCGCAGCAAAACAAACUCUGCCGAAGGAGAGUACGCUGGAGGAGGAGGAGGAGGAGGAGGCGCCGGCGCCAGGUUUGACCAACACGGGGGCGACAACAUGAACCCCUACCCAUUCGCCCCCAUGGGAGCUGACCCCGGCAACUACCAAAUGGCAGACUACCGCUCCAGUGAUGUCAUGACCCGCUGCCUGAUGCUGUCGUCGCGGGCGGCAGUCACCCAGGAGCAGGUGUACGCUCUGUUCGACAUCAUCCCCGGCAUGGACUACUGCGAGCUGCAGAGAGACGCCUACGGCCUCAGCAAAGGUCACGCUGUUAUUCGCUACAAUAAUCUUGGCUCGGCGGUCUAUGCCAAAGAGAAACUCAGUGGAUUUGAGUAUCCCCCCGGCAACCGGCUGGCGUUGUCCUUCAUCGAUGAUGGAGACGAUCGUAACAGCCCUGUAGGCAGAAUGGCCAUGCAGUUUGUGGCUGCUCAGAUGAUGUCCACGCUCUGGAACGGUCCCUCUGGCAACCAGUUACUGAAAACCGCCACGAGCUUCCCUGGAGCCCCUGCAGCGCCACGCAUCCAGGCGGACCUCUCUUUGCCCGCCAUAAAGAAACUGGCGCCCCAGGACAGCAAGGUGAAGGAGCGCUUGUUCGUGGUGUUCAGCCCCUCCCCUCUGUCCAUGGACGUCCUCGAAGAUGUCUUUUGUCGAUACGGCUCUCUAAUCGAGGUUCAUCUGGUCCCUGGGAGGAAGGUUGGAUACAUGAAGUAUGCUGACAAACAGUGUGCGGACGAUGCCAUGGCGGCGCUCCAUGGCCACAUGGUGAACGGCGUGAGGAUGAAGGUGAUGCUGGCCGACCCCCCCAGAGAGGAGUCGCACAAACGGCCCCGCACCUACUAGGACACUCUCCUGCUCCAGCUCAUAGCCUGAGGAGACUGUUGUCAUGACACAGUGACACACCUGACCUGACAGACCGACACCUGGACCUUCUCCUGACCCGACCUUUGACCUCUGUCUGACCAUUUCCAGUGACCUGUCAUGUCAUACCUAGGCUGUGACAUAUCUGUGACCAAAGCCAACGUUUUUUUGUGAGACGAUUCACACGUUGUGCUCAAAGACUCAUGUUUUUAGAACUAGAAGACAAGAGAACAGGGUCUCGACUUACCCCACUACCAGAGUAAUUAAUCCAUAACAAAUGUUCAGAUCAAGUUAGCGGUGCACAGAACUACUUACUCAUAAAUUGCCGUAUCUUUAUUGGUAAAAUAAAGUAUUUCAAAAGAAUGAUUUUAAGUUUACAAACUUUGUUUGUAAAGGUGUAGUGUAUAUACACUAAAUUACAUCAUUUUAGGAGUUUGAGUUGUGUUCAAUUUUAGUUCAGAUGAAUGUUUUACAAGUCUUCUCGUUUAGUUUUGAAGGUAUGUUCUUGCAAAAUAAACAGAUAACCCUUA